AUGUGUAACGGGUUUGGCUUGUACUCGUCGUUCUCGGCCAAGGAGAAGACCAAGACGGUGAAAGAGGUGACGCAGCUGGUACUUGCUCGUGAUGCAAAGCUUUGCAACUUUAUCGAGUGGAAGGGCUACAAGCUGGUGUAUCGGCGGUACGCGAGUUUGUACUUUGUGGCUGCCAUCGACAUGGACGACAACGAGCUCAUCACGCUUGAGACCAUCCAUCAGUAUGUUGAGAUCCUGGACAAGGCGUACGGCAAUGUCUGCGAGCUGGACCUCAUCAUGAACUUUAUGACGGCGUACUACCUUCUCGACGAGCUCAUCAUUGGCGGUGAGCAGCAGGAGACGUCCAAGAAGGCCGUCCUCCGCGUCGUUGCCCAGCAGGACGCGCUGGAGGAGAACCCUAAUGAUAAGGCCUCUCAGAUCUGA